CGCUCUGUCGAUGUGCAUUCGUCGCGCCGCAAUAUGUAGUCUGUCCUUUGUUCUAUAUCAUAUCUCAAAGGCAGGGCCGAGCGCUAUCUUUCUGGGUAUGUCAUGUUUUUCGCCGCGUGCUCGUCGUACCCCAGUGCCAGAAGCGAACGUGGACUACGAUAGUAUCUCGAUGGCUUUUACUUUGUAUCCUUGAAUGACAAUGAUGCGUAUCAAUGUAUGGUUCUGGUAUUUGGUAACCUGAAUUUGAUCCUAAGGGUUCUCUUCUUGUUUUCCAUUAGGAUCAAAUUCAGGUUACCAAAUACCAGAACCAUUCAAUCAAGAGAGCCAGGUGGGACAAUUUCAAUCGGGAAAACUCCAGAACGCCUGCCAUACAAUCACCUCGUAGCGUGACUAGGUGCAAUCGUUCAGCGUGCACGUGGUGCAUAUUCUAUUAUUGCGCAUAUUUCUAUUUGCGUUUCGCGUUAAACGAUGGGGGCCCUGUACGAUGGCAGUCCUACAGUGGUAAGCGAUCCUACGGCGGUAACCCGAUGCUUACGACGGAGAAUCGUAACGACGGCCAUCUUAUGAUGGCGAUCAUACGAUUAUAA